CGGCUGGGGGACACGGGGAAAGGGGACCCUAUUCCGGCGCGCGCAGCUCGCGGGCAGUCCCAGCCUCUCGCGCCUCCAUGUCGUACUCGCACCCUCCCAGGCGCACGGGGCUGCCCCGCGCCGUGCUGAGGUGGCUGCAGAGCCUGGACCUGAGCUUCUUCCCCAGGAACUUCCGACGGGACUUCUCCAACGGCUACCUCAUCGCCGAGAUCUUCUCCUGGUACUACCCCGGGGACAUCCACAGCCACAGCUACGAGAACGGCGCCUCGCUGGCCACCAAGCUCAGCAACUGGUCCCAGCUCGGCCAGUUUUUUUCCAAAAGAAAUUUGAAGCCUGUUCAAGAACUAAUAGAUGGGACAAUUCACUGUAAACCGGGAGCAGCAGAAAUGUUGGUACAAGACAUCUACUCAAUGCUGACAAAUGGACGAAUUAAAAAUAUUCAGGAUGAGGUUGACUUUACAGACCACUAUUAUCAGGAGCAGUUACCGAUGGUCGCCAGGUCAACAGCUUCAAAGGCUAUCAAGAAUAACAUUAAGUUAACAGAAAUAAUGAUAGAGCCCAACAUUAACAAAAAUAGACAAAAGGUUAAUGCCAUCAUCAAUAUGCAUAUGCAACAGAGACUGGUAGAGAGGGAAGAGAACCCAAAGCGGUUUAACAUUAAACCAAGCUUGGCAGAACGUGCAGUUCGUCAUCCGGCUGCUGUAGGUCCCUCUGGGAGUGCGAUUAACAUCCAGAGAGAGCAACUUUCUUUUAUAUCAAACCUAGGGCUCCCAGAAAUCAGAGGCAAAACUGGUGUUCACUUCAAAGAAAUCCAGGUGAAACAAGCUGACAGAGGCUCUUUUACUGUGGAUGUAUAAGUGCGGCAACUCCAAGCACCUGGCCAAAAGGAUUCUAACUGAACACUGGAAAAAAAGUAUUGGAGAGACCUCAACUUUGAAAACGUACAAGAUCACCUUUAUAAUUCUUUGACCAUAGCCAUUGGGAGAGAAUUGCCUGAUUGGUUUCAGUGUCUGUUAAAUCAAAGCAUUAUUUUCUUCUAGUAAAUGCCAAAACAAAAUACAGAUUGGAAAUCUGAUGUUUGUGGAAGUGUGACAAGCUAAAUCAUCACUAAACAAAGCAGUAUCUAAAAUAUACAUCACUGUAGUUUCCCUGUUGUUAGACGGCUUCCUUCAGUGACUUGGUACCAUAGUUGCUUUUACAGCUCAGCCUCCUCCUAGACUUGAUUACUUGCUAGAUUGAGUUAUUUUUAAUAUUUCAAGUUUUGUUAGUGAAAUUUUCCAAUUUACAGAUUGCAGUGGUGCAAGAUGAGUAAUGAUGAUGUGUAGUCAAACUUUUUGCCAUUGUGAUGUGAUGAGUUGAAUAAAUUUGACAGUUGUACUUUGUGUCCUUUUGUAUCUUGACCUACUGUACAUUUUUUUACAAUCUGAGGCCUGGUCUACACUAACCCCCCAAUUCGAACUAAGGUACGCAACUUCAGCUACGUGAAUAACGUAGUUGAAGUUCGAAGUACCUUAGUUCGAACUUACCUCGGUCCAGACGCGGCAGGCAGGCUCCCCCGUCAACUUCGCGUACUCCUCCCGCCGAGCUGGAGUACCGCAGUAGACGGCGAGCACUUCCGGGUUCGACUUAUCUCGUCCAGACAAGAUGCGAUAAGUCGAACCCAGAAGUUUGAUUUGCUUGCCGCCGAACUACCGGGUAAGUGUAGACCUACCCUUAGAAACAAGAUUAUUAUUUUUUUAGUAACUUAUCUAUAUCAAAGCUGGUCAUGGCUUUCGUUUCCUUCAUGUAUAAGUGUAUGGAUCUGAAGUGUUCAAAGUAAAUAAAUCUAGUUUGUUGGAGAAAUCUCUCCCUUCACAGCUUUAGAAGUUGUUAUAUCCAAAUUAAAGCAAUUAAAAUUG